AUGGAAAAGACAGAAUCACCCGUUGUUGAUGCCAGCGUGCAGAAUCCCACCGAUGCACAAUCGCAGCCCGAAGCACCACUGCAACCACGACAAGCAGACCCAACAGGCCUUGACUUGGUCAAGGAAGGCUUCCGGAGACUUCUCCAACCUCGCAAUCUGGUCGGAUUCCUCUGGCUUGGUCCGUCAAUUGCUAUCCUGGUCCUCAACUUCCGAGGCCACAUUAUCGGCGCCGGUCUGAACUGCGGUUCGCACUGCCGCAUCGAUCCAUAUUCCACCAGCCAAAUCGAGCAGAUCGACCGACUGGAUGGCACGAACCGUGAUGUCCUGGGGGCGUUGCAGUUUGUGGCCAAGGGACUCGAGGUCUGGUUCAUGUAUGUGGCAGCUGGGUUCAUCUACAGGAUCGCACUCCAUCUGUCUGCGAAGGACAACCGACUCCCAGUCAGCUUGCUGUUGGUGUACGCCGAGUUCAUGGACCUUCUCUACCUCAAAGACCUGGCUGUAAAAGCGAGGGACCUGGCAAUGGAGAAGAGUCAGACAGCAGCAACCCCAACGUCGACGAACAAGAUGGCACGGCCAGUCAUUUUAUAUGUCUUCAUUUUUGCCGCCGCUGCGUUGUGCGUGAUAGCCAAUCUGAUGGGUGUUGCCACUGCAACUCUUAUCAUUCCAGGCCUACAGUGGAUAGACAUCAACAAGGACGAGUCUCUCGCAUUUGGCGAAAUGCUCUCGGCGGUGGCGCCUCAGGACGAUAAUAUUGCCCGGUGUCGCGAAGGCCAGCUUGCGGACGGAGUCUAUAGCUGCACAGACAAUCUAUACGGAGCGAGUCUAGAUGAGCUGGUCGAAGCAGCCGUAGCCAGCGAGAGACAGUUCGAGGGAAGACAAGCAGUCCUGCUCCCUCCAGUAUCCCAAGAGGCCAAUCUGACUUUCAGUGCCAACGUCUCGCAGUCUGCUGCCAUUCGAUGGGCCCCGAAUAGACAGCUCCUACGGGGGUUUUCAGCCGACCUGGCCGACUACUACGUCGCCACUACCUCGAACACUGGCUUGAACGCCAGCUAUCCCGACUCUCAUCGCUUCAACCAGUCACUCCAGGCUCAGUUACAACGCGUUGGCCCGACGGUCGGGCUGGCGGGAAGUUGUUGGAUAUAUGAAGGACCGGAUAUAUUCAACGUCUCUUCAGACAGAGAGGUCCGUUGCUACCAGGGAGCCUCUCUCCUCAACGGCACAACCGCCACCAAGUGUAUACGCUGGGGAUCAGGAUGGAACGACAACUCCACCUCAGCCUCCUUUACAAUUCUGGACUCGGUGGCUCAGCAAUACGAUAUGGACGUCUCGAUCUACACAACCCCAGCUGCACGAUAUCUCCAAGACCAGUCCUGCCUAAGACAAGACUCAUGCGACUGGGACCAACUCUUCACAGACGCCCCAGACCCAUUAUUCCGCAAUGUCUCCAGCAGCCAACAGACCUACGAGUAUUCCAUGCCGCAGUACACAAACAACUCCGCAAUAUGGUGCGACAACACAGCUUUCCUCAGCUUCGCCUCCUACGCGCUCAACCCAUCCCCCGUGUCCAACCUCCUCCAACUAGUCCAGCUCGGCGUCCUACACGACGACCCAGGCUCUGACGAAGAAACAAACACAGCGGCCACAAUAUCCAUCCACCCAUCCUGGACACUCGCCGCAUGGUCCGCAAACGCCACCGACGGCCUCGUCCCAGGGACCCGCGGCUCAAGCACCCGAUUCAUCGAUGCCUUCCAACGCUUCACAUCCGCGCCGGAGGACAACUCCCUCCGCUUCAAUCUCAUCCACUCCUACACGCUUCUCCAAGCCGUCUCCUUAAUCCCAUACACAACACGAACCAUAUCCACAGUCGGAGACCGAGACCGGAACGCACAGCAGCAGCGCGAGGCCAACAAUCCAUACACGCAAGCAACCCUAACAUCGUGGGCGACCGUCCAAUUAUGGAAGUUCGGGAUCGACUCCCGGACUAAGACGCUAGGCGUGGUUAUCUUUAUUAUCGGCAUGGUUGUCGUCUUUGUGACUACGGUGUUGUGGUUUGAGUCGCCCAAGUCGCCGACGAGUAUUGUGGUUACGGCGCUUAUGCAUCCCCCGCCGUCUGAAGGGGUGGUGGCGGAUCCCGAGACUGGGACGCCGCUUACGGCGAGGUUGAAGUAUCAGAUUAUGCAGCGGCAGGGGAAUGGGACUGGCGAUGGGACUGGCGAUGGAGGACAGCUGGAGAGGGUUAAGCCUCGCCGGACUGUUUCCUGGGCGUUCAGUCCCCGAGCUGUAUAA